AUGUUACGCUGUCUGCUGCUUUAUCUCAUAGUGAAUUACAAUUUCGAGUGUCUAGUGUCGAUAAAAGUCCCGGUCAGAGACCCCGAAGUUCGCAAAAACGAGCCUCCAGAUCACAUAAUUCCAUACACGUCGCACGAACAUGUUCCCGAACCAAAAUACGUCCCCGGAAAUUGGCUAAAACCUUUAAAGAACCGCACAAAAUUGGGUUUUACCCCACAAAGACUCUACUCCCAGGUCCGGAGAUCGAGUUCUGUGAAGAAAGUCCCCCGGAAAGAGGCCCUAAGAAGGGCCCAGACCGAUGUCGAGAAGGAAGAAGCUGCCAGGUUGAAGGAAAGUGUCAGUGACAAGAAGAUCAACACCUUUUACACUGAAGAAGGCUUCGAAGAUGCUGCCUAUGACCACGCCGGACACAUCAGGGAUGCUGAUUUUAAAGAAAAUUAUGAACAGGACCAAGGAAAGCAUAGGGCCAAGGGUUUGGAAUUGAAGGGAGAAAGUGAAGAUAGUGAUAGUGAAGAAGAACCAAGAAAGAACUUUUACAAUUCGUGGCAGGAAUCUGGUGAGCGGACUAGAACUAAGAAUAGAUUUGAUGAUGAUGGUAGAAAUAGAGGAAGGUAUGAUAAGAUUGUGUAUCCGAGGAAGAAUUCUGGAGGAUAUGGAGUGAGUCCUAGAUUGAUCGUGGAAAACGAGAUAGAUUUGCUGGAGAAGGAUAUCGAAAGGGAAGAAAAAGAAGCUGAAAAGGGAGCCGAGGCAGAAAUUCCGGAAAAUUUGAGGGAGCUGAAGGAUUCUGAUUAUGAUGAAGAAGAAGAAGAGGUUGGUAGGUCUUCUGAGGAUUAUCAGGAUGAUGAGGAUUCUUUUGAGUACAGUGGAAGCUCGGGGUUUAGGAUUGUUGCUGCUGAACAUCCUGCUACAACAACAGCUAAAAGUGUUGAUACUUAUGUCGGCAGUGUCUAUACGACAACAUUGCCAAAAAGAAGCUUGGAAAAGCAAGUUUUGGUUGUUAAUGCACCGAAUUUUGAUAGGAGAGAAGAGAAGAAGGUCCAAAAUUUGGAGCGGUCGGAAGAGAAUUAUGUCUAUCCAACCCUGGCGCAGAUUUAUGAAACUUGGAAGCGGAGGGGAGUCGAAAGGAUGUACGAAUCUGGAGGAGAAUCUGCGGAGGAUGUUGAUAAGAAACUGAAUAGAGUGGACGAAAUAAAGAAGCCUAAGAAAACGUAUUUGGUGAUGGUGAGACCCAAGAUGGAGAACAACGGAACGAAUCUGGAGCCGAAGAAGAAAUCGGUUUUUUCGACGACAGAAAGUGGGCUGCAAGAAAAUGCUAAGCCAGUUCCUAGUUACCGUUAUCAGAGAAAACAGAAGGAAUCUCGGCUGGAUCGUAAUAGGGACAAAUUGCUAGCUAUGACUAAAAUGGUUCCGCCUUCGCUGACCAGCAGGAGCGAGUACGCAGAGUAUCACAAUCUUCGGAGAAAUGGGAGUACUCAACCGCAGCACGAUCAGCCUCGGAUGAUUAAGGCUCUUAGUCAUCAAUCGGCGUUACGGUUCGGUGGAUCGCGACCGCGUUAUUUAGUGACAGGCCGUGAAAAAGGUGACAAUGAGAAAGUAUCGGAAGGUUGGAAGAAUAAUCGGUUUAUCUCGAGGAAGUUUGUCAUUCUGAGGAAAAAACGGGGAGUGUUCAGUGCGCCGAUUGUGGUUGAUGAGGUUGUUGAUGGUGAGUUGGACAAACGGUUUCCUGAAAAUGGGGAGGAUCGUAGUGGUAAAGAGAGCUUGGAGGUAAGUCAGGAAGAAGAAGAAGAAGGAAAGGUUGAGGUCGAAGUGCCGGAAUUCAAUUAUGCAGAAGUCGUUGCUCAAAAUAAUAAGUCCAAGAAUGCAAGUAAUGAUAAGGGUGAUGCCGAUGCUAGGAUUGAUGAAGAGAAGUAUCCUUUUUAUAACUUAAUGGAGCAUUCAACGGCAUUGAAGUAUGUAAUCAACCCCAGUUUUGUUCCAAGGAAGACUUUGGGAGGUUCGGAAUUCUACGAUUCGAGGGACAAGUACAUGAGCUGUGAAGAUGUGGAGCCUGAAUUGUCGGAAGAAGUCCCAGAGAAGGAACCAGGAACUACGGAGAAGAAUCUUCCGAGAUUGAAGGGGUUGGGAGACAAGCUGCUGUGCUUGAAGGAGAAGUACUUUGACGAAGAGCCAUUAGACAAUCCGCUGUUUGUGGAGAAGCAGAUAGAACCUCCGACAGUGCCUACAGAACUGGACCCAGAAGCAUUGAGAGCUAGGUUUGAAGGCUUGACGGAAGACUAUGAAGACAAUUCGCUGCGCAGAAUGUCAGGUCCGGUUGACCUUAGGUCUGUAGAAAGCAGAAUUGAAGAGCGUGGUGAUAAACAAGAAGGGAAGUGGAACAAUCAUGCUAAGAAGUAUCGAAAGCGAAAGCGAGUUUCUCCUACACUUUCGCCCUAUCAGAGGGAAGUUUAUGAUGAUGUGAUGGGGACGAUCAAGAACUUGGCGACGAUGUACAAAGGAGUUCAUGUUCUGAGCACCCGCCCUCCUCCGAAGAAGAAGCGGCAGGAUUCUAGGGAGAAGAAUGACCAGGUGAGGAUCAACACUAGUUCCAGAGAUGUUGUGGUUCCUUUAAGAGGGAGGACCAGGCAUCCGAAACUUGGAGGGUACAGGACAAACAGGGUCAGUUAUCGGACCAGGCCGAUGGUGAAAGGAUUUAAAGGAACGGACGGAAAGGUCGUGGGGUUCUUUAAGACUGUAAGGGUCCACAAGAGGGAUUUAAGGAAUGUUGAGUCUAAUUUAAAGAAUGUGGGGAGUUUUGAUUCGAGGAAGAUUAGGAAUGUUUCUAAUUCUGGGGUAAAAGGGAAGAAUUUGAGCAGAGAGGACAAAAAUUCCCGGCCCAGAGGAGCAGUCAGGUUCGGGAGGUUCCAGGACCCUGAGAGUCAAGGGAGGAGAAAUGAACCUAGAUACACUGCAGUGAGGAAGUUUGAUGAGGUGUAUGAAGUUGAGACCAAGGGGCAGGAGCCCAAGAAGGAGGUGGACCGAUAUGAUGUUCAUGAAGACGUUCAGGAAGCUCCUGAGAAGGUUGAGGAAGGGAAGGAGAUUUACAGACCUGCUGCGAAUGAGAAUACGGAGAAUGAGGAUACUGGAAGGAAGGAAGAUGAUGAAGAGGAGGAGGAGGAGGAGGAGGAGGAGGAAUAUGAAGCCAGCAGUGGGGAUGAAGAAGAGGAGGAUGAAAAUGAUGGGUCAGAAUAUGUUGAAGACUCAGGAUCCAAAUCGGAGUCAGAAGAAGCAUCUGCGGAUGCAGAAAGGAAUUACGAAGAAAUGUCUGAAGGAGAAAAGGAGUUUGAAAGGUUCAGUUACAGGCCUUUUUCGUCUUAUGAGAGUUACUAUGACCCAAAGUAUGCGAGCCUAGGGCCGAGGGUCAAUAAGCCUGCCUUCCAUCAUCCCUCUUUUGAUUCAUUAGAGUCAAAGAAGAAAGACUCGGAGGAAUCUGGAGAAUACGUUUUUCCGUGGCAUGAAGAUGAGGAAGACGCUUCUGAGGAAUCUAGGAAGCAUGAACGGUUCACGGGAAGGCACGAGUACCCUUGGGAACGCCGAGAUAGGGUGAGGAGAGAGCGGGGGAAGAAAUAUGGGCCUGAGUGGAGUCCUUCGGAGAGCAAGACUUAUUUUAGGAAAGCUUAUCCUUGGGAGAGGUAUUCUGUGCCUUGGAAGUAUGGAGGCAGGAGGGGACAUUUCUGGCCUGAUGAAGAUGAAGGGGAAAGGGAUGGUAAGGACAUGUAUCCUAAAUCUGGGUUCCGGUUCAAGAAGCUGAUAGGCAAGGGAAGAAAAGUUGAUCCUUCGACGACUUCAACGCCGCAAAUUCCUGCGACUGAAGAAAUGUCUAAGGUUGAAGCUACGACUCCACUGAUUUUGUCAACGACGAUGACAUCGCCGAUUGCUUACACGAUUAGGCCCAGGGUUAGGAGGCCGGUCACCCAGAGAAGCAUUGAAAGCUUGAAGGAAGAUCAGGCGAAAGCACAUUCCAGCCCCAGGGCAGUAAAAACGGUGCCUGAAUUCAGGAAAUUGGUGAACAGGGGAACUAUCAAAGCGAAUAGUUCGAAUUUGGAAGUUGCGGGUGGUCAAAGAAUUUGGGGAGGUGCUACGACUAGGCCGCCUUCUAGAAAGUUUUUAGAUAAUACAACGCCGUCUUCGAGGAAAGUGGAGCAUCGGUCAAAAGUUUCCAAAGAAGAGAUCAUCACGAUGUCGUUUCCAAAAAUGGGUAGUGAUGCAGAAGUGAAAGACAACUCAUCUGCCGGGAAAAUCGUCCAGAAAGUUUCAAUCCUCACCAAAGAAACUCCAGAGCACAUUUACCGCACCCAAGAAAUAGACAAGAAUGGCGUUAGGGACACUAUUAUUUCAGUUAUUCCGAAUAAUAGAACCGGUUCGCUUGAGUCCAUGUCUAUCGACCGGCUUGAUAUUAAUAGUAAUGACGGUAAUGAUAAUAAUAAUGGUAAUAAUGAACAGUAUAGACUAGAUAUUAGCUUACCGUUGAACAAAAAUCUCCAGUUGACUGAGCACGGCACUCGGAAACCGAGACCUUGUACUGAAAUAAUUGCUCCGGUCAAUAAUCCUGACCAGGUGACCCCGACCCAAUUUAAUUAUUCAAAACAAAAUAAGAUUGAAGAAGAAAUAACAGAAGAAAAAGAAGAAGAAAAAGAAGAAGAAGGAGGAGCGAACAAUGAAAAUAUGGAAAUGGAUCAAGUAGUCUAG